UGCGGCUCUAUCUGGAUGCUGUGUCCGACCUCCGCCCUGACCUCCGCACGAGCAGGGAGUCCAUGGCUGCACUCACAGCUGCUCUGGCCCAUGAGGCUGACCAUGGGCAGACAGCCAUCGUCAUGACAGCAGGAUCGGUUUCGGCUCCACUCAUCAUUCCCAUCAUCCCCCUGCUGACACACAGAGCCAAGAACCACAUGGACACCAACACACCUGUCUCCAUCCAGUCAGACACUUCUGAUGUUCUGAUCUUCUACACUCUGGAUGGGUCGAAGCCGGCGGCAGUGCAGCGGGGGUCAGCUGGCAGCAGCAGGAAGUACACUGGGCCCAUCCUUCUGCCUGCAGGUCGAGUCGCCGUCAGAGCUGUAGCUGUCACCAGUGACGGCAGGGAGAGCUCUGUGGUGACGAAGGUUUUCUCCGUUGAACUCGUGGAUGCAAACAACAGGAAGGAGAGCGAGGAGAACUUCCUGCGAGGCGACCAGCAGCGUCCGUCUGAAGGAACCUCAUGUUCUGCUGAGAACUCUGCAGGUUCCUCACUGAGGCCUCCAGAGCCGAGGAUGAUGGGAAACGCCUCUUCUCAAUCAGGUCCUCGUUUCCUGAACAGUCGACUGGGCUCUCCAACAAACAAACAACAACAAACUGGAUCCUCUAAAUGUUCCCAGUCAGCGGUAAACACCAUCAACUCACCCAAACCAGCACCACACGCCGCUGCUGAACUGAAACCUGUCUGUGUUGACUUUGUUGUGUUUCCUGUCUGUCAGAGUUCAGGUGUGUUGAAGCAGCUGAGCAGCACGCAGACGUCCCGAAUCCUCCGAGAGACUGACUUCCUGCGGUGUGCCCAGUGUCUGAGUUUCCGUCCUUCAGAUCCUUUUGCUCGGUUCUGUGCUCAGUGUGGAGCUGCAGUUCCUCCGUUACCUGAGCAGAGACUGCCCCCUCCUGAGAAAGGACAGACUGUCUGCUGUGUGUUCUGUAACACUCUGGUUCCUGUGAACACUCAGACCUGUUUAAUCUGCGACGCCUCCAUCCAUCAACAACUCCGCCCACAGUCCAGCCUCACACUGCAGGGGCAUGUGGUGUGUGUUUGCUGUGGCAGCGGGAAUCCACCUCACGUCUCCAACUGUUUGACCUGCGAGAGCCGCCUGCAGCUGGCAGUGUGUGUUGGGAACAGCGCCCCCUCUGUCCACUCAGCAGGCAGCAGGAAGUUGACCUGCUCCAGAUGUAAACGUUUGAACCACAGUGACGCCAGAUACUGCGACUGGUGCGGCUCAAAGCCCGGUCAUGCUGCCAGCUGUGUUGUUUGUUGGCGAUGUGGAGCAAGCGGACACCCGUACGCCUUCUAUUGUACAGCCUGCAGCGCAUUCCUGGAAGCCCCACCCCCACCUACAUCCUGCAGUGACAUCACACAACCUGCUGAGGGUGUCGCCACCAACCAGGUUUCAGCUCCAACAUCCCAUAAUGCCACCUGGCAGGUCACGCCCUCAUUAGUUCCCACCCCAGGCAGAAAGUUAGCCACGCCCACUUCUGAGCAGUACACGCAGACUGUUGGGCUCUAUUACCCAUCAGCGACUGAGAUGGAGAGGAAGGAGCAACAGAGGGCGCAACAACUCAGCCGGCAGCAGGCGACCAGAGACCGCCAACCGCUGCUGACCACCAUCAGCCCAGGCAGAGGUUACUGGAGGAAGCAGUUGGAUCACGUGUGCGCUCACCUGAGGAGCUACGCUCAGAACAACGCACCCUUCAGGGCUCUGCUGGGAGAACCUCGUCUGGGCCGGAUGGUUUCUGCUGUGAUUCAAGAAGAUCGUUAUGAAGUCAGCAUAACCGUCAGCUUUGUGUCGGCGGGACGGGAAGAACAACAUCAGGUGAGUCCGGCAGGUGACAGCGUUGGAACUGCAGGUCGGACUAAGACUCUGAGCAGCGUUACAGAGCGAUCUGCCGACAGCAGCGGUCUCAGAAGUGAUCCGUCUCCAGGUGUGACGAAGCCGCCCAGACUGAACCUGACACCAAAACCUCCGGUGAAGGACGUGCAGCUGCUGAAAGAGCUUAGUCCGGGUCAGGGUCAAGUCAGUGUCAUCCAGCAGCUCCUGGAUCAGGGGGCGGAUCCCUCCUGUUGCAGCAGUGAUGGCCGACAUGCUCUGGCGGUCGCCGUGCUGAACGGCCACCAUGAUGUCCUUCCUGUUUUAGUGCAGAGAGGAGCCGCCGUCGAUCAGCAGUCUGGACUGAUGAAGAACACAGCUCUGCAUGAGGCUGCAGCUCUGGGCUCUGAAGGUCUGCAGUGUGCUCAGGUCCUGCUCAGCUGUAAGGCCACUGUGAGGCGGAGGAACGCCAGGGGUCAGACGGCGUACGACGUGGCGGUGGACUCGGGCUGUAACGACAUGGUGUCUCUGCUGGCUGCUCGGACCGGACUGGACUUACUGGGUAAACUGGGAAAACCCAAACUGAACCUGGAUGUUUUCUGACAGUGAGAACGAAACCAACAAUCUGCUGGUUUGAUGUGGAGCAUCCAGAUGUUGGGAAAACUGGAUCCAUAUGUAAAACAUGUUUACUCUUAAAACAACAUCAAGUAAUGAAGUAUUUUAGACCUGUGGUACAGACAGUACUCAUAUUAGUACUCUUACUGCUUUGUGGUUGGAUGUGUUGGUUCACUGGACGUGUUUCGUUUCAGAUACUUUUUCAUGAACACUGUUCACCAACUUAAGUCUGUCUUUGGUACUUUGAAUUAUUUUCUGUUAAAAAAAUGAACUUCAAAUAAAACCACAAGUGUGAAUUUGAGAUCCAAGCUGUCAUGGACUGUUUAAAGUUGAAAGCUGUUUAUGUACAA